UCUGUCUCCUCUCUGUCUCCUCUCUGUCUCCUCUCUGUCUCCUCAGUGUCUCCUCUCCUCAGUGUCUCCUCUCCUCAGUGUCUCCUCUCUGUCUCCUCCCUGCAGUAAUGUCUCCUCAGCCCUCUCAGCCCAGCACCUAGUGUCUCCUCCUCACCCCCGUCCUGUCCUCCGGGCAUCAGUCCUCGGUGCGUAAAGCCUCCACCAUGCUCAGCUCGGAGGUCCUCCGCCCGGCCCAGUCCUCCUGCAGGAAGCCUCUGGGUAAGCUGGCGUCCCGGCUGGAGGAGGUGAAGAACCCGUGGAGGACCGUGUCCACGCUGGAGCUCAGCCACAACGAGGCUGCUCGUCUGGCCACCGACGCGCUGCUGGAGCUCGGGGAGAAGGACUACCGACGCGUCCUGGCGGAGGAGCGGGAGCUGAGCUUUCUGUCCCCGCUGGAGGUGCGCUACAUCACGGACAACGGGGCCAAGGCCUGCGGGCCGGAGAGCACCGGGGACCGGGACUGCGGGGGGGACCUGGACGCGGUGUCCGACCUCAACUCCGGGACUUACUUCCCGAUGAUGUCCGACGACGAGCCGCCGAUGCUGGAGCUCGGCUGGCCGGACGCACCGACGCGCUACGGACCGUCAGAGACGCAGAUCUACUUCCAGAGAGACAAGACGCACAACGUGAAGGACCUCAUCAGGUCCCUGAUCAACAGGGCCAACAAGGUGAUCGCUCUGGUGAUGGACGUGUUCACAGACGUGGACCUGCUCUGUGACCUCAUGGAGGCGUCCAACAAGCGGAAAGUCCCCGUCUACAUCCUGCUGGACGAGAAGAACCUGGACUACUUCACAGACAUGUGCUCAGCGCUUGAUAUUCAGACCUCACACAUGAGUAACAUGAGGAUUCGCAGCACGUGUGGCGACACCUACUGCACCAAGAGCGGCAAGAAGUUCACCGGUCAGGUCCUGGAGAAGUUCAUGAUCAUUGACUGUGAGGACGUCAUCGCCGGGUCAUACAGUUUCACCUGGCUGUCGGCUCAGGUGCACAGCAACAUGGUGAUGCAUUUCUCAGGUCGCAUCACCGACAGCUUCGACCGCGAGUUCCGCUGUCUGUACGCCGACUCUCAGAUCAUCGAGUGCUUCUUUAACCCCGAGGACGAGGGGAUCACCUACUACCAGCCGUACCAAGCCGUCAUGACCCCCGGAGGCAUGGGGCUCGGCCCGGUCAUGGGGCUGGAUCUACUCUCUGACAGCAGGCAGAGAGACCGGGUCUGCUCUGAUCACUCCAGCAGCCAAUCAAGUAACAGCGUGUCCAGUGUAAAGGCUGCACCUGGGAUGACCUCCAACACCGUCUACAAGGUCACUCAAGGUCACGAAAGGAAGGAGUCCAACAGCAACCCUCACCUCAGCCCUGAUAGGAGGGGAGCAGGACAGACGGCCACGCCUCAGAGUCACGCCACAGCGGGACCACGAGCCUCGGCUAACGGAGGAGCCAAUCACGGCUCAGCUAUGGACCGACCGCCGCCGCCCUACGGUCAGCCAAUGGGCGCCGAGUGGAACAAGUCGAAGCAGGCGGACGCCAUGUGGUCCAACGUAGGCGGCACCUCCUCCAAGUUCCAGGCGAUGGGGCUCUACGACCACAAACCGAGCAUGUUCCACGGCGCCGGGCUGGCCGCCGGCACCCCCACCUCCAACCUGACCCCCAAGACCCAGACGCCGUCCCCGGUCAACGACGGCAGGCUCAACAACAAGCAGAGGCCUCCCUCCAACCAGUUCCUCAACAAACUCUCAGACCUCUUCCUGCCCCCCUCCAGCAAAGACACCUACAACUUGCGGAGGCCAUUGUCCCCUCUAGAGAGCGUGCCCUGGGGGGGGCCGGACCUCUCUCAGGCGGAGCCGGAGAGCCAUCAGAGCCCGCCACCGCCGCUGUCUCCGACCGUGCUGAUGAACCGGCAGGACCAGAAACGAAUGACGCUGGGCCACAGCAAGCUGGACCUGGUGAACCAAUACAACCAGAUGAAAUCCAGGCAUGUGUACAGCCGCUUUGAGCUGAAGACCUCGAACUAAACCGGGAGUUCAGACUCUGUUUAGCUUCCAAACUCCUCGUUCCUCCUCUGUUUCCUCUCACGUUCUUACAACCCAUGAAGGUGUUUUUUACAAAGUGGACAGUCCUUCGUCUUCUUCUACAGUUCAGUGAUUCCCGGUGGAAAUCCAGCCAUGGCGGCCAUGUUGGCUCCCAUCUAGAGUUGUCCUCUGUGAUUCUUGAAACCAUGUUGCCUCCUUCAUCAUGUGAGGAGCCUUUAGAGCAGCAGGGAUGUGACUAUUUGUGGGGCUGAACUUUAGUCACAUGGGAAAAGAUUUAUAAAAUGUUCUGUGAAAAUCACCCUUCAAUUCAUUUUUGCAAUAAUUGCUACCAGAGUCAUCAUAUUUUAAGAAAUAUAAAAGAUAAGGUUGUGGCUAAAAGAAGUCUGACAAACUCAACUAACUGGUGUCCUUACAGAGUAUGGCACAUUUUAGAAAAUUCAAAUGGCAGCAGCAAAUAAAGCUGAAAAUGUAAUUUGUUGUGCACAAAUAUCUAGACUCAUGGUACUGCUGCAACAAAAAAUGUCCCCUUUAACCAUGUCCUAUGGAACAGGACAACUCAAAAUGUAACACAGAAAGGGGGAAUUAUUAUCUUUUUAUAAUGGAGUCUUAAUCCAUGGGUGCUUUCAUAUUUGUAACACUUUUCCAGAGCUUUGAAAACUAUUUUUUUAUGUGAGUGGCAUCAAUAUCAGUGUAAAGCCAGCUGGGAAAACUGCACCUUUUUUUCCCGCCCACUCUGACGCUACACCAAUCAAAUUACUAGAAACGACAUCAUCAGUCGGAACAGAUAUUCCUUAGUGAUGUUGGGGAAACUAUCAAUUUUGACCAUUUUGAUACAUGCACGAGUUAAAACAAACACCAACGACACACACUGUCUAUUAUCUCUGCAAAAAUUAAUUUAAAUGUCAAACCCAGCUUUGUCUGAUUUUUACCUUUUUUAUAUUAUUUGAUACAAACCGAUCUUCAGAAUUUAAAAAGCACAGAGUUUAAAGACACAUUGGUUUAAUGCAGCAAUUCAUCCUUUUCCUUCUUUCAGCCUUGCUUAGCUUUGAUUAUUCCUGUAACACUCGUGUAUUGGAGUGUUUAACACGUGCCUUGAUAAUCCUGCCUAAAGGUUUACAAUCACAUUACAGACAAACAUAAUAUCUCCAGUGAAUAAGUGUUAUUAAAGGUACAGACCGCUCUCACCACUGGGAAGAGUUGUAGAUACGCUGAUGAUGGUGCUGUGUCUCUUUGCAAUCCUGGGAAAUUAGGCGUAAAAGUAGAAACUGAAGGGCUUUGAAACAUUUUGAGGCGACGCCGCUGCAGGAAGAUUCUGUUUGUCAUAUCUGUUGAAAGAAUUCAAAUUUUACAGCACUGUCAUGCCCUUCAAAGGUUUCUUCUUGACAGACGAUUGUUUCCUCAUAUUGUACAUUUUUUACAGCAUUUUUUUCCCAGAUAUAUAGAUUUGUAUAUCGACUGUUAAUAAAAACACAUUAGAUACAGAUAAUACUAAUUGUACUAUUUGUGUCAUGUUUUCUUUUAGUUCUCUUUUUGUGAUGAACUACAGGUCUAAAUCAUCAGCGUUUUUACUUUUGUGUCGAAGCAAUAAUAAUCGACACGGAUCAAUUAUUUUAAUAUGUGUUUUCAUUUUGUGUGUUUUUGUUUACUGUUCAUUUCCGUUGGUUUUGAUUGUUUUUUGUUUUUUAUGUUCAAUCAGCUGGACAAUUUGCAGGCGUCGAUUCAUCUAUGUCUCAUGUUUGUCUGACUAAUGUAUAUGACGUAUAUAAUACAGGAAGUGACUGUCAGGAAUUUGGGUUAUUGUUAAAGAAACACUUUAACGGUUUCGUUAAUGUUAUUUUUAUUUUUACAAUGUGUUAUUUUACUGGAGAAUGUGAACUUUCUGUUUAAUUUGUAUAUAAACACUUGAGGAUUUAAUAAAAUAAAA